AUGACGCUAGCGCCCGCGUGCCUCACGGUCGUCGCGAGCUACACUGUCGUCACUCUCCAGUUCAACAACAUCUUUAAUUCUAUUGUAUCUAUUUUGAUGUCCUGUUACUAUUCAAAAGCGUAUAUGAAAUUUAUAAAUUGCUUAAAUUCCAACGAUAUACUUGUUGAUUUCUUACAUGACAAGAUAUAUUUCAAACGUUUGGCUUCACAUUUUAAAAUUGGCCUCAAGCCCUUUGGUGGUAUUGACGUCAACAAGACACUGAUGCCCGCGUGCCUCAGCAUCGUCGCGAGCUACACUAUCAUAGCUCUCCAGUUCAACAACAUUGUGUAA